AUGCCAAUCUACGAAUCCUUUCGACCCGCUUUCUCAAACAAACUGAAAGAUGACGUCCUCACUUCUCGUGUCGUGUCCGGUCGCGAAAGCGUCUAUUUUGGCCAGCGGCUCGUUUGGCCCAUCGGCCGGCGUCUGGAGGAGUCUGAAGUGCUCGAGAUAUGCGCCUACAAUCACAGCAAAUACUUGCCGGACAAGUGA